UACAGUAUGUAUUUUGGGGUUUUUUUUUGGAAGAGAUCAAAAGCUAAAGUAUAAAAGUCCUUGGAAUAACAAACUAUCAUUCAGAAUAUUCACAACGGUGAAUAUCAAUACAUCUAAUAAAUAUGAACACUGUAGUUGUAACUGGUGCCAAUUCGGGUUUGGGCUUUGAUACUUGUCGACAGCUUGCUGAAGAGUCCGAAGUAAAGAAGGUAAUACUAGCAUGCAGAAGCGAGACUAAGGCAAAAGACGCCAUCGCACAGCUGGUAGGUAUAACAAAGAAGACUUCAGACUUCUUUGAUGUGCUGAUCCUGGAUACUUCAGAUGUCGAAUCUUGUAAGGCCGCCGCGCAGAAGUUAGCAUCAGAGAAAGUGAACGGUGUGGUGCUGAAUGCCGGAGGUGUCAUAGCAGGGAAGGAUAGCACAAAGGGCGUUCCGCUCAUGCAUCUGGCGAAUACAAUUGGACAUGUUGUAUUUGUUGAGGAAUUGAUUGCCAGCUGUCGUACAGAAAAUUUAGUUGUGGUGUACUCAGGCAGCGAAGCAGCGCGUGGGGUUUAUAGCGCAAUGGGUACCGUCUUCAAGGAACCAUAUAAAGCAGACGUAUAUAGUCACCUCACAGGAGAAAACCCGCUGGAGAGUGACAUAAACGGCGCCUAUGCAUAUACUAAGGCAAUCGCUGCGUUGUACAUGUCCUCACUUGCGAGAAAGCACCCCGAGUGCCACAUUGUAACUGCCAGCCCAGGUAUGACUUCCGGCACUGAUAUCGGCAACUUGAACCCAGUUGUGAAGUUUGUGGCACAGUCCAUGGUCAUGCCACUGUUGAAGCUAGUUGGCUAUUCACACCCUGUUGACGAAGGUGCUCUUCGGUACAUGAACGCAUUGUUCAAGCGAGGAAAUGCGAAUGUGGCCUCUGGUACGUUUGUAGCAUCCAAGCAGAACAAGUUGUCCGGCCCUGUGGAGGACCAAUCCACAUUCGCUCCGCAGUUUGGCGACCAGAAGUUGCAAGACGAUGCCUUCGAUGCUGUCCACGAGUUAAUACAGAAGUUGUGAAGUAGCUGAUUUUACUGUGGAACAACAUUUCUAAGGUGUGUAAAUAGUGACAAUAAAGGCAAUAUGAUUAUGCAUGAUAGUAUUUGAGUGAUGAAUUGCCAACGGAAAUUCUACCAGUCGAAAGCAUUGCUUCUCAACACCCUUAGGUACAGGUUUUAUAAUCAUGUGUUGAUUAAAAAAAGUGUAUGAUCAAACACGAGUUGAAUAACAGUGAAUAAAAAGACAUGUAUAUUGACGAGUAUACAUGUAAUAAUUUUCUUUAUAUAUACAUG